AUGCUGACACUCGCUCUCCUUGCUGUACUCGUACCGCUCGCCGCUGCGCGUCCAGCCAACCUCGAAUGGGGCGCCGGCCAGGGCUUCGUCGCGCCCUUCCUCACCAACUCCAUGACUCACGCCCCUCCCUACCCCAAGAACGGGAAUGAUGUGUAUCUUACGGACGGACCCUAUAACAAUUGGACCUAUGGCCAGAACCAGGUUGUCAAGUGGGUUAGCCCCUACAACCAGGGCGACUUCUGCAUCGACGCAGGACUUGAACCCAAGGACGGCACCCGGCUCAAGAUCUGGCAGUGCUAUCCCGGUGCUCCGCAACAGACCUGGGACGUCGCCGACGGCCACAUCAAGCUCGCCGGCAAGAACCUCUGCGUGGACGUGCCCAACGGCAACAAGACGGCGGGCUUCCUCCAGCUCUGGACUUGCGACAAACGAAACCCCAACCAGAUCUUUGGCGAGUUCUGCGGGUCGAGGGGCUCAGGACCUUACCCCUCGGGCGGUUAG